GAAGUCGCACGAUAGUUGCACGAUAGCAUAGACAAAUUUGUUAUAUAACUAACACAUUAUCAAGCUCAAGCUGCACAACUUAACGUUGGUUGUACAACAAAACUUAUUUUGCUAAACAGUUGUUAAGGAAGUAUAAAAAAACCUAAUUCUACAACAAUUAUUGUCCAGCAUUUCUGCAAUUAUUGGAAACCAAGCUUUAAAGUAGAUUUGUUGAUUGACGCAUAUAAGUGAACACUAUUGAUUAUCACAAAUUUUGAUAUCCAAUCCAUGGAAAAUACUUAUAUGUCAGAUCUUGAAAAUGAAGGAGAAAAGAAUUUAACUAGAAGUAGUUAUUCUUCAACAGCUCCUCAAACUGGUCCUAAGGGUGUUAUAGCAGAUUAUCGACGACAUUCUGCAGUGGUUGAACAUGAAAAAGAGGUAAGUAAGUUAAAGUACAUUGAAGAAAUUAAAAAAAAAUCAUUUAUUGCAGAUCCAAACAAAUUUGCGAAUGUUGAGGAGGAACCUAACAAACUUGACAUUAAAAAUGACAAUUUUGAUGAUGAUGAUGAAGAUUUUUUGAAAAGCUACCACAAAAAACGGCUUCAUUUAUUAGAAAAAGAAUCAAAAACUAAUGGUACCAAGUAUUCAAAGUUGUUUGAUAUGAGUGGAGAAGGCUUACUUGAAAAACUAGAAAAUCCUUGCAAGGAUGAAAUACUUGUUGUUCAUCUUUAUGAUCCUAAAGUUAGUGCAUGUGUAACAAUGAACAAAUGUUUUGAGUACCUAGCCGUACAAUAUCCUUAUAUCCAAUUUUCAAAAGUUUUGGCAAAAGAAACUGGACUGAGUUUAAAUUUUCAGAUGAAAGCUCUUCCUACUAUACAAGUUUAUAAAGAUGGAAACUUGAUUGGUAAUUUUUUCAGUAUGCAAGAUAAACUUGACACUGACUUUCAUCCUUCAGAUGUGGAGAAUUUUUUGUUAGAUUCUAAUAUGUUGACUGAGUUUCAAGCAUAGUUUGCAUUUAAUUUUGCAAUACUAAAUUAAAUUUUACUUUUUAAUAAACUUUGAAUUUAAUAACUAUAAAUCUGUAAUGAAUAAUAUUUAUUUUAUUAAUGUGUUUUUAAAUCAACAGUUUGAUAUGAUAAUAAUUAUUAGGUUGUAAUUAAUUUGU